UCGAUUGUGCCCUUUUCCUCUGUCAGCAUGUCCGAGACCGCGCCGCCGGUUCCAGCAGUUUCCAGUGCUCCUGAGAAACCUUCCGCCGGGAAGAAAACCAAGAAGCCCGCCAAAGCUGCGGCUGGUCGCAGGAAGCCUGCGGGCCCCUCCGUCUCCGAGCUGCUUGUGCAGGCCGUCUCCUCCUCUAAGGAGCGCAGCGGCGUGUCGCUGGCCGCGCUCAAGAAGGCGCUGGCGGCCGCCGGCUACGACGUGGACAAGAACAACAGCCGCAUCAAGCUGGGUCUCAAGACCCUGGUGAGCAAGGGCACCCUGGUGCAGACCACAGGCACCGGCGCCUCGGGCUCCUUCAAACUCAACAAGAAGGCGGCCUCGGGGGAGGCCAAGCCCAGCACCGCGAAAGUUUCUGCAAAACCCAAGGCCAUGGGCGCUAAGAAACCCAAGAAAGCCACUGGAGCUGCCGCCAAAAAAGCCGUCAAGAGUCCGAAAAAGGUUAAAAAACCUGCGGUGACCAAGAAGCCCUCCAAGAGCCCCAAGAAACCCAAGGCUGUGAAGCCCAAGAAAGCAAAGAGCCCUGCCAAAGCUAAGGCUGUGAAGCCUAAAGCGGCCAAGGCGAAAGGGACCAAGCCAAAGACCGCUGCGAAGCCCAAGAAGGCGGCACCCAAGAAAAAGUGA